UGAAUUUCGACCUGACAGCAUUCUCCAGAGAAAUAGUAGGCAUGAGAGAGAGCAAAGGGGAGAGACUGAAGGCUGUGACCUACAAACAAGCUUAACUAUCUUCACUUCACCCAGGGUGGGGUAUCAGCAGACAGAUUAACACUACCCCUGAAGGAGCCAUGGGAGGUGGGAGAUAGAGACUUACGGAGAGAUCAAACAGGGGAUAGACAGACAGAGAGACGGCCAGAGGGAGGGCCGGACGGACAGACAGACAGACGGCCAAAGGGAGGGCCAGACAGACAGACAGACAGACAGAUACCCUGUGGUGGAGGUACAGUAGCGGAGGCACCGUGAUUUUCUUGAGUAAUUAGUCUCUUUCAACAGUAGCUGACUGACAGAGGGUACCUGAUAUGUUUCUUGAUAACUUCAGCAGCGUUGUGCAUUUCUCUCUAGAGUAAGGGGACAAACUGUCCUCACAAAGAACUAAAUAGAAGCUGAAUGACAGACCAAGGAAUGGAGAACCAUGACAAGGGUGGAGGUGAAGGAGGAGGAGAAGGAGACAAGAAACAUCUCCCAGAGGAGGUGAGCGAGAGCGACAAGGAGACCAAGGACCAGCGCAACAAGGCGGAGAAGGGAGAGAAGGAGACAGAGAACAAUGGCAGUGAAAAGGAGAGGGUUGAGGGGAAAAGGGAAAGCUGUCGUCGCUCAGGCUCCCUGUGGAGGGGGGGCUGGGCCCUGACGGAGCGGCUAGCCAUCAACGUGUCAGGGAUGCGCUACGAGACACAGCUCCGCACUCUGGCCCAGUUCCCUGACUCCCUCCUGGGGGACCCUAACCGCAGAAUUCGCUACUUUGACCCUCUGCGCAAUGAGCUGUUCCUGGACCGGAACCGGAACUGCUUUGACGCCAUCCUCUACUUCUACCAGUCUGGCGGGCGGCUGCGGCGGCCUGCUAACGUGCCCCUGGAUGUGUUCUUAGAUGAGCUGCGCUUCUAUGAGCUUGGUGAGGAGAUCAUGGAACGCUUCAAGGAGGAUGAGGGCUUCCCCAAGGAAGAGGUGCCUGCGCUGCCUGAGAACGAGAUGCAGAGGAAGGUUUGGAUGCUUUUUGAGCACCCAGAAUCCUCCUCGGGCGCACGCAUCAUCGCCAUCAUCAGCGUCAUGGUCAUUGUGGUGUCCAUCGCCAUCUUCUGCUUGGAGACGCUGCCUGACUUCAGGAACGAGAAGGAGCUCCGAGAGAAAUUCACCUACCAGCCCCAUCCUACCAUCCCCAACAUCACCAUCCUGGUCCCUCCCACUGGCAGUGCUUUCCAUGACCCCUUCUUCCAGGUGGAGACCAUAUGUAUCUUCUGGUUCUCCUUUGAGCUCAUUAUGCGCUUAGCCAGCUCCCCCAGUAAGCUCCACUUCUUCAAGGACGUGAUGAACACUAUCGACUUCCUCGCCAUCAUUCCCUUCUUCGUCACUCUGGGCACAGAGCUGGCCAGGGACAAAACCUCCAACAAGGACCCGGGCAUGUCUUUGGCCAUCAUCAGGGUCAUUAGGCUGGUCAGGGUGUUCAGGAUCUUCAAGCUGUCGCGUCACUCCAAGGGCCUGCAGAUCCUGGGCCAGACUCUGAAGGCCAGCCUGAGAGAGCUGGCCCUGCUCAUCUUCUUCCUCUUCAUCGGAGUCAUCCUCUUCUCCAGCGCUGUCUACUUCGCCGAGGCGGACAGCCCCGACACGGUGUUCACCAGCAUCCCCGAGGCUUUCUGGUGGGCCGUGGUCUCCAUGACGACAGUGGGCUACGGGGACAUGUACCCUACGACUCUGGGGGGCAAGCUGGUGGGCUCCAUGUGUGCCAUCGCUGGUGUGCUCACCAUCUCCCUGCCAGUCCCCGUCAUUGUGUCCAACUUCAGCUACUUCUAUCACCGAGAGACGGAGUGUCUCGAGAAAAUCAGUGAGUACACCCACAUCAGCACCUCUCUCUGGGAGGGUGAGGAUGAGGAGGGAGACGAAGGGGAGGGAGAUUACACUCCCCUGUAUGUGGGCGACUGCAAGGGAAUCUGUAACCCCCUCAAUGGGACACUGCUGUCAGGACUGUGUGCGGGGCAGGACGGGUGGGAGAACAAAGGCAACGUGUACCUCAGGGAACCCCUGGUCACUCAGGUGUGAGACAGGAUAGAUGGAUAGACAGAGGAUCUGCUGAAAGAGAGAAAGAUUGAGGAUGGCAAAGUAAAGAGAUACAAAAAAAAUACUAUUUUACUCAAGGACUUACUUGCACUGUCAAUGGCUUACACCGUUUACUACAAACAGAACUGAUGAGACCAUGGCAGAUAUUGUGACAGCUUGCUUUUUGCUAAUGCCACUGAGAAUCGAGUAUGAUGCCAUCAUAUUGACAAUAAAAACAGCUGAAACAGAAUGUAUAUUUAUUUAUGAUAUAUUUACCAGAUUGUAAUAACAGUUUAUACAGUACAUACAACUCUAGCAAUUGUAAAUGUUGGUGUUUAUAAGACAUGAGUGAAUUGCAGUGCCAUUUAUUUGUUAUUGUGUGCUAGCUAGCUAAAUGCACAGGGCCGUUUUGAAUGUGUGUAGAGAGUUGACUAAGGGCGUUUUUACCAUUUUUGUGAACCCAGUGCAGUUUGCAAAUUUUUUGUGCAGCGUGAACACUCUCAAAGAACUCAGACCCCCUCAGAAGAAGACAGAAGAGCCCCCUAAGCAAACCGAACUGAGAUCAUCUCGAGAGAUGGUCUGAGUUCGGUUCUCCUGAAUUCCGAGGUUUGAUUCCUUUUUUAGGGCAAUGUGAACACAAAGCUCCCCAGGUUCACUUGUCAUUAUUUCCGCACAACACACGAGGCUACUGCAGCAUUGUUUCCCUUGCCGUAACCACUCACAUUGGUGCGACAAAAGAGAGAAGUGGAUGUGCAGGUUCAUGGAAAAAAAAGUGAUGUUUUUUAUAUUGAUUA